AUGUGUGUUGGUAUGCGUCUUACAGUUUUGUGGCGCGGAUACGAGGACACGGUUAUGCACACUUGGGCACACCAACAAAUGAAAGAACUUUCCUCCGUGUCUUUUUUUGCGGCUAGCAUGAUCGUGCCUGAUAUGGGACUGAUACGAGAUCAAGUCGGUGAAUUGGCUCAUCAAAAACUCGCCUGCCAAGACUCUCAACUGCUAACAGCCAGCUGGGCUCACAAUUCUCUUGGUGUCCACCAGAUCCCGAAGACCCGCACUCUCGCCAAGGAGACACCGCAUGUCCCACUUGCCCAGUCUACUUAUGACGCUGCGCAGUAUGUGUAA